AUGGCGGAAAGUGAGCUUGCACCUGCUUUCGCUACUUUCUUCUCCUUUGCCGGCAUUGCAGCAGCAAUGGUCUUUGGAUCCGUUGGAGCAGCAUAUGGCACAGCCAAGUCCGGCAUUGGAAUUGCAGGUGUGGGAGCAUACCGGUCUGAUUUGAUCAUGAAGUCCCUCAUCCCAGUCGUCAUGUCCGGUAUUAUCGCGGUUUACGGACUUGUCAUUGCAGUCCUUAUUGCUGGAUCACUUAACCCGCAACGAUCAAUGAGCUUGUACACUGGAUUUAUGCAUCUGGCCGCUGGUACGUCAGUUGGUCUGUCAGGUGUGGCAGCUGGAUAUACAAUUGGUGUCGUGGGUGAUGCGGGUGUUCGAGCAUACAUGCAACAGUCUCGCGUCUAUGUCGGCAUGAUCUUGAUUCUGAUCUUUGGUGAAGUUCUCGGACUAUACGGAUUGAUUGUCGGUCUGAUCCUCAACUCGAAGUCUUGA